UGCAGUGAAACACAUAGAAUCAAAGCCCAUUACGACAGAACACAACACAACGCUACACCUCAAAAGUCUCGAACGUCGCAAGGUCUGAUUCUCAAGUUCGAUUCUUUGAUAAGUGAGUUUGGCUUUAAAAGAACCUUAACGAUCCUCUUAAUCCAACUCGAAAGAUGGGUAUUGGGCUAAAGGAACUCUGUGCUGUUGUAUUGCUGGAAAUAUUGUUGAGCCAACAAGCAGUUUUUGGAAUUAGAUUCGUGAUUGAUAGGGAAGAGUGCUUCUCUCAUGAUGUUAAAUUUGAAGGGGAUACAGUUCAUGUUUCCUUUGUUGUCAUCAAGACAGAUUCAUCUUGGCAUUAUACCAAUGAUGGUGUUGAUCUUGUGAUAAAGGGGCCUUCUGGUGAUCAAAUUCAUGAUUUUCGUGACAAGACAAGUGAUAAGUUCGAGUUUAUGGCUCGUCAAAGAGGAGUCCACCGGUUUUGCUUCACUAACAAGUCUCCAUACCAUGAAACCAUUGACUUUGAUAUACAUGUGGGCCAUUUUUCAUACUAUGAUGAGCAUGCGAAAGAUGAACAUUUUAAACCUUUGUUGGAUCAGAUAUGGAAGCUUGAAGAGGCUCUUUACAACAUUCAAUUUGAACAGCACUGGCUGGAGGCUCAGACUGAACGUCAGGCAAUAGUAAAUGAAGCAAUGAGCAAAAGGGCUAUUCACAAGGCCUUCUAUGAAUCUGCAGCACUCAUCGGUGCUAGUGUUCUGCAAGUUUACCUUCUCCGACGACUGUUCGAACGGAAGCUUGGGAUGUCCAGAGUUUAGAGUUUAAAUUAAGCACUGCUGCGAAAUAGUUGUAGUAUUAAGCAAAGUGUCUCUCAUAUCAGAGUUAAACUGAUUUUCUUUCCUCAUCAAUUAGGGGAAAAGGACGUGUAUAGAGUAUAAACCAUCCAUUUUGGAACCUUUGUUCUUUAAAUUAUUGAAUUACAAAAGAUUAAUUUUUCAAAAUGAUUUGAUUUUCUCGA